AUGCUCAUACCUGUUUGUUGUCAACGAUUGCCUGUGCGCAUGGAAGUUAAAAUAAUUUGUGCAAAGGGAUUACCUGUUAUGAAUCGAUCUUCAAACACUACCGAUGCUUAUGUUGACUUCGAAUAUGUUGAUCUUGAUGGAAAGACAGAGAUAGUAACAAGUUUAAAUCCUGAAUGGAACUUUAAUCUUGAUGUUAUUGACACGGAUGAAAAGGAAAUGGCUGAAAAUCAGCUGCAAUUCCGUGUUAUGGAUUAUGAUUCAUAUUCCACUAAUGAUGCCAUCGGCCGAGUUGAUAUGGAUUGUAGCAUUAUAGUUGAAAAGAUGCGGAUGAAAAAUGAAGAAAUUUUUAGUGAAGUCUGUACUUUACCAAUAUUCGAUUCUAUCAAUGGUUUCUGCGGCGAACUAGUUUUUGAUUUAAAAAUUCAACUUCUCAUUCAAUUUAAUUAUAAAAACUAUGUACAGAUAUUCACAGAUAUGGAAGUGCCUAGUCAUCACAAGGUCACGGAAGUUGGCGGUAUUCUUGGAGAUUUAAAAUGUGUAGUCGAUCCGGAUCACGAAUGGAUAGAUAGGAUACGAUCGAACAGAGCAACAAACUCAGCACGUUUAUCUAUAAUUCGCGAAAAUUUACGUUUAUGCACUGUUAAUUUAGCUAUGCGUUCUGCGGAGCUUAACUUUAAUAUCAUUGUUGGAUUCAAGGAAUAUGUUGAUUUUGAAGAGCCAAGCUCACACUUGAUAACAAUCCGAGUUAUCGGGUCCGCCUUGAAGAGUGUUCCGACUCAUGAACCGUUAGUACCAUUCUUAGAAAAAAUACUUUUUCCUAUAUAUACUAUAUCAUCACUGCCAUUCUUGAGCCAAGAAGGGAUUGGUGGACUAGUAGCGACUAAAGCUAUUCACUUGUUAGAUGACGAUGAUGAAGAUCCCGAAUCUGUUCGCAAAUCUUGGUGGUGUGAAAUGCGAAGUGAACUUAAUCAACAAGCACUAAGCUUAGGAUGUAACGCUGUAGUUGGUUACACAGAACAGCUUCAAGUAUUUAACGGACUAGCGUUACUGAUUUGUUCUGGAACAGCUAUUAACAUAGAUUAUAUGCAAAGUACAAAGCUCAACCUUGAUUUCUACCAGGGAGAAGAUUCAAUGGUUGAACUCGAUCCUCGCAGUCUCUCUCAAUUAGAACAGUUCAUUUUAAUUCAACGUCCAUGCCAGUUUUUGCACUCAACUCUCAAGGAUCCAGAGAUGACAAAGACAAAUAAAAUGAUUGGAUGCAGUAAAUGCGGAUCUAAUCAAGUUCCUGCGUUUGUGAUAACAACUACGGCAGUACCACGCUCGUCUCUUCUUCUAGGUACUCCAAGUUAUUUACAGGUGUGUAUUGCUAAAAAAACAUUAAACUACAAUGACAGUGAUGAAUGUGGACAGGAACUGACGAACGCCUUGCCCUUCAUGGACCAUGAAUUAUUCAACCGUUUGAUCACGGAAUCUAAGAACUUGUUACAAAACUCCAACGGACUUUUUAAUUUGCGUUUUGUUUAUCUUUUAAGUGAUGAACAGCUUAUAUGUGUUGCUACUGGACUGGUAGCACGUUUGACAGUUUAUUCGACUCGUCCUUGUACCACUCCUACUCAGCCAGGAAUAGGGUUACUCCAAAAACAAAACGAUGCUAGACGCUUUUCGUGGAGCAGUGUUCGUGAUGCAAUUCGUUUUCGAACUCCUAUAUCCUCUCCAGGUGUCUCUGUAAAAACUAUAAGCUUAAAUCUUUUGAAUAAGAGCACUGAAGGAAAUCCAGACAAGCGGAAAAAUUUAUGGACUGACGUGCUAAGAAGAAGACACAUUGAAAAAGAGCGAAUUGGUCAAUUACUUUUUGAGAAGCAGAUGAGCGCUCAUAUAGGUUAUAUUGAUGGUAGAGCUGCUCAAAAUGGAAAUACGAUUGCUGGAAUUCACAUUACAAGCAAUGUUCACACGUUUCUCAGGAGUACGCCUGCUUCAUCGAAAUCGGCCUACCUAGGUCGCUGGAGUGAUAUAGCAAUCAGAGAAAACGAUGUACAAGACGUUUAUGACUUAGAGCAGUUCAUAGUCAGUACUAUCGAUGGUUUGAUGUCUUAUAUCAGGAAAUUAGUGGAAGUGGAUUCCGCUGACGGAGUUGCUACUAACUUUGAAAUCCAUAUUUGUAAGUUUACGGUUUCGAAUCAGAAAGCGCAUUUGAUUCUAACUACAAACUGUAGCAUCUACAGUGCAUGA